AUGGCAUUCGCCGGCUUCGUGCUGGCGCUGGUGAUAGGCGCGAUCCCCGGCGCCCGCGGGCUGGGGCAGCUCCCCGCCAGCCUGCCCGCCGCCCGCGGCCCCCCGCCGCCGCCCGCCGCCGGCUGCCCCGCCGCGGGGCGCUUCGCCGGCGCCUCGGCAGCGCCCAGCCUCCCGCGGCCGUGGCGGCCGGCGGCGGCGGCGGCGCGGGGCCGCCGCAGCUCCUGCGCCCUGCGCGGCGGCGGACGGCCCUGGUGCGGCGGCGGGCGGCGGGCGGAGCGCGGCCGCGCUGACUGCGAGCCAGGAUCAGUGCGACUCCAAGGUGGCAAGAAUGAUUUUGAAGGUACAGUUGAGGUUUAUUUGAAUGGAGUCUGGGGAACAAUCUGUGGCAGCCAUUGGGAUAAUAAUGAUGCAACGGUCGUAUGUCGACAGCUUGCACUUGGUGAGAAAGGUACAGCAAAACACAUACCAUUUGCCGGACUGGGCAUUAUCCCUGUUUACUGGAGUGAAGUACGUUGCCGUGGUGAUGAAGAAAACAUACUAUUAUGUGAAAAAGACAUCUGGCAGGAUGGAACAUGUCCUCAAAAAAUGGCAGCUGCUGUCACAUGUAGCUCUUCCCUAGCCUCUGUCUUUAUUCCAAUCCGGCUGGCCGGUGGGAACAAUGCUCAUGAAGGAAGAGUAGAAGUCUACCAUGCUGGCCAGUGGGGGACUGUCUGUGAUGAUCAGUGGGAUGAUGCAGAUGCUGAAGUCGUCUGUCGGCAGCUUGGCCUUGGGGGUGUUGCCAAGGCACGGAGCCAGGCUUACUUUGGGGAGGGCUCAGGCCCAGUGCUGCUGGAUGAAGUGCGUUGUACAGGAAAUGAACUAUCUAUAGAACAGUGUCCUAAAAACUCCUGGCAAGAACACAACUGUGGCCACAAAGAAGACGCUGGUGUUUCCUGUACACCUCUUACAGAUGGUGCAUUAAGACUAGCAAGUGGGAAAGGCAGUCAUGAGGGACGCCUGGAGAUCUAUUAUACUGGGCAGUGGGGCACAAUCUGCGACGAUGGGUGGACUGAGCUGAAUACACAGGUGGUUUGCCGGCAGCUGGGAUUUAAGUAUGGAAAAAGUGCACCUGAGAGCUACUCAGAAGGAAGUUCUGGGCCCAUCUGGUUGGAUGAUGUCAGCUGCUCAGGGAAGGAGUCCAACCUUCUGCAGUGUUCAAAAAGAGAGUGGGGAAAGCAUGACUGCAACCAUCAGGAGGAUGUGAGACUAAUUUGUCAUCCAGAUAACGACAGUGAUAAACUCGCACUUGGUCCUCCCAUCAGGCUGAUGGAUGGUGAGAAUAAGAAGGAAGGACGUGUAGAGAUUUUUAUCAAUGGCCAGUGGGGGACAAUUUGUGAUGAUGGAUGGUCUGAUACGGAUGCAGCUGUAGUCUGUCGACAGCUUGGCUACAAAGGUGCAGCUAGAGCAAGGACAAUGGCAUAUUUUGGGGAGGGCAAAGGUCCAAUCCACGUGGAUAACGUGAAAUGUACAGGAAAUGAGAGAUCUCUGGCAGACUGCAUUAAACAGGACAUUGGAACCCACAACUGCCGUCACAGCGAGGAUGCUGGGGUGAUCUGCGAGUACCCAGGCAAGAAGGCCCCCGGGAACAGCAAUAAAGAUUCUCUUGCUUCUGUUUGUGGAUUGAGGUUACUACAUCGCCGACAAAAGCGAAUAAUUGGUGGGAAAAAUUCUUUACGGGGUGGCUGGCCAUGGCAGGUUGCACUCCGACUAAAGUCAUCUCACGGUGACGGAAGACUCUUGUGUGGUGCCACUCUCAUCAGCAGCUGCUGGGUCCUUACUGCUGCACACUGCUUUAAGAGGUAUGGAAAUAACACUCGUAAUUACGCUGUGCGAGUGGGAGAUUAUCACACACUGGUACCAGAAGAGUAUGAGGAAGAAAUCGGAGUUCAGCAGAUAGUGACGCAUGAAGAGUACAGGCCUGACAGCAGUGACUACGACAUUGCGUUAGUGAGGCUACAAGGUCCAGAGGAACAAUGUGCCAGAUUCAGCACCCACGUCUUACCUGCCUGCUUGCCAUUAAGGCGAGAGAGACCACAGAAAACUGCUCCUAACUGUUACAUCACUGGAUGGGGUGACACAGGGAGGGCCUAUUCAAGAACAUUACAACAAGCUGCCAUCCCUUUACUUCCCAAGAAGGUAUGUGAAGAGCGUUAUAAAAGAAGGUUCACGGGAAGAAUGCUCUGUGCUGGAAAUCUCGAGGAACGGAAACGUGUUGAUAGCUGUCAAGGAGACAGUGGUGGACCACUGAUGUGUGAACGCCCUGGGGAAAGCUGGGUUGUAUAUGGUGUGACCUCCUGGGGCUAUGGCUGUGGAGUGAAAGACUCUCCAGGUGUCUACACAAAAGUUUCAUCUUUUGUACCCUGGAUAAAGAGUGUGACCAAACUAUGAAUGUCCUUAAUCAAAAACAAACUUCGAUAAUAAAUUUUGAAGCAGGACAGCUUA